AUGCAUCGCCGAUGCAUCGGCGAUGCGGCGCGAUUCUUCGACCCCUAUCUUCGUACUUCGAGCCCAUCUAGGAGGCGUCCAAAGGUGGACGAGGGGUCGCAGGACAUGACGUUCCUCUACAAGUUCCUGCCUGGCCUCUGCCCCGCCUCCCACGGCCACCACGUCGCCCGGCUGGCGGGCCUGCCGGAGGGCGUGCUGCGGGACGCGCUGGGGAAGUCCGCGGAGUUCGAGCGCGGUCCGGAGGAGGGCGCUCCUGGCGAGGCGCGGCAGAUGCGGGGCAGUUCGCGAGACUUCCUGGCAGACGCUGCGAGGUUUGCCGCGGCUGGCGAUGCCGCGGCACUGAGGCGCCUGUUCAGCAGCCGGGUCCAGCUGGCCGCCUGCCAAAGGGAGCAGGAGCCACUUCCUGCUCUGGGCGGCGCGCGCGAGGGCCGCCCCUCGCACGCCGUCGAGGCAGCGCUCCGCGGGGCAGCCGAUGCUCAACAUCCGACCCGCGACGGCGGCACCGUCCGGGCCUCGUCCGACGGUACUGCCGGCAUGCGGAGGUGGUUGGCCCUGGCAGGCGUCGGCAACCUGUGGGCCGCCUGCAGCCUAGGAGCGAAGUGCGGCACGUGCGGGAUCAAACUCACCCUGUUCAAGCCGAAGGCUAAGGACAAGGGCGGUGAGCAGGGGGGAACCCACUUGCGAGGAGCUGUGGGGGCUGCCCCCAACGCCAUCGCGACGCUGGAGGCCGCCCUGAGAGUCGUGCAGGACCCGUCGGUGAAGGUCAUCCUGGAGCAGCAGCUGGGGCAGGAGACCCUCGCCGGCUUCGCCACCACGCUCGGCGAGUCCGUCUCGGCUCAGAUGUCGGCUCAGACGUCGGCCAACCACGCAUCCAUCAUGAAGGAAUUCAACGAGUACAGGGUCCAGGGACCCAUGGGCUGCUUUCGGGGCCCGUCGAGGCAGGAGAAGUUACCCAAGGAGGUGAUUGACUUGACCAAAGAGGUUAAGGAACUCAAGGCAACGGUGUUUUCGGAAGGUGCCAGUGCUGCGAGAGCCUUCUCAACUUUCAUGUCCGACAAGGCGCUCUGCUGGCAGGAUGUGCGAACGUCAGCAUCGGCCACACUUCGUGUUCGUCAAGAUUUACCUGUUGAUGUGCGGGCACAACAAGGAGCUGCAAGUCGCGUCUGGGAAGCGACACUGGCCCUAUUCAAGCAGUGCAAGUGCCGGAUCGCCGACUUCCGCCUGGGCGUCUAUGGCUUCCAGUGCUUCAUCCAUCUUACUCCGGCUGAGGAGACGUUCGAGCUCUUCUGGACCAAGGGGGGCGAGCUCACUGGCUUCACCUUCGAGCCCGUCUUCAGCUCGUUCGCCUGGUGGAAGAAUUCCGAGCAGGAGGUCGCUGCUAUGCUUGGUCGAGUCCACAGGUGUGCGGCUGGGAUUCCAUAUUCGGUCUGGAAGGCCAGCGGUGGAAUGGCUAUCGACGCGCUCUACCAGCUGUACCUAUGUGGCCUGCGCUAUGGCGAGUUACCUGCUGGUUUCAACUUUUCGCUGGCUGCCUCCUUGCCGAAGGGUGAGAUAUCUGUUGUGGCGCCCAGGUGUGAAUACGUGUAUGAUGCGAUUAUGGAGGGUUCCGAUUGGUUGCUCACUCACAAGUCGAGCCCGCUCGUGUAUAACCCGGUCAUGUUCCACCUCAUGGCUGUCAAGGCCGAGAUAGGUACUCCGCAGGCGAGGCGCAGGCUGCAGCUCCUCGCGGCUCUGGGCGCCAUGCGGACUGGCGGCGCGGCCGCCCUCGUCGCGGGCGGCUGCCAGUGGUGCCGGCGCGUCCCGAGGCCGAGACUGGUAUACGUCUGUGCAGUGGCGGUGUUUCUGAUCAUCGUCUGCGAGCAGGUCGAGGAGAUGGCCGCCGCUGGGCCAGGGCCCUGGCUGCCCGCUGCCAGCAGCAGCGGAUCCUCGCCGCUCUGCUCGCCGCACUGCGCUGUACCGUGCGCGGGCGGGGCCGGCGUCGACGCCCCGCAGCCCGCGGCCCCGCAGCUCGUGCCCUCGCCGCCCGCGCCGCCGCAGAGGCUGGGCACCCGGGCCGUCGUCUGCGUGGCGGACGCGCAGGAGCCUCUCAGGUUCCGUGUGGAGCUCGGGGAGGCCUGCGGCGACAAGGCACCGUUCACGCCAGUCGCGUCGGAGCACGGGGCCUUCCCACCCCCGUGCCCUCCCGCCGCCGCCGCCGUCUUAGAUCACGGGGGGGGCGGGUUUUGCCUUGCCUGGGACGCGGCGGGCUCCGAGCGGCGACCGCCCCAGUGCCCUUCGGGCCGCCCCUCGCUGGCCGGCAGCGCGGCCAGUGCCGCCAGGGCGCCCCGCGGGCAGAUGGUGUGGGGCGCCCAGGGGCGCUCCGCUCCGCGCGAGGGGUCUGACCCGGAGGAGCCCGAGGCCAAGAGGGCGCGGGGGCUGGCAGAGGGCGCCGACGGCGCGGUGGAGGCGGAGUGGUUCAUUGAGCAGCGGCUCGUCGGCUGGAUCAUCGGCAAGGCGGGGGCCACCCUGAAGGAAGUGGAGGCUGCCUACGACGUGAAGGUUGUCGUCGACCAGGCCACGAAGGGUGAGGGUUAUAGCAAGAUCAUCGUCGCGGGGCCAUCCACCAACGUGCACAAUGCGGCCGACCACAUGAAUACCUCCCUCGCUCGCGCGAGCGGGAACAGUUCCGGCGACGUUACCAUAGGCCCUUUCCUGCUCGAAACGCCACCCACGCUGGAGGCCGACCCGAUCCGCGGCGGCCCCGACGUGGGCUCCGAGGAGAUAACCAUCGAGCAGCGCUUCGUGGGCUGGCUGCUCGGCAGGGGCGGCGGUGUCGUGCGCGAGAUCGAGCAGGAGAAUUCGCGGGUGCAAGGUGAGCAUCAACCAGCAGACCCGCGCGCAGGGCUACAGCACCCUCCAACUGUACGGCAACGCCGUCCAGCGGGAGCAGGCCCGGGGCGCGAUCGACGCCUCUCUGCAGCGCGCGGGGCAGACCCGCGGCGGCCCCCCGCCCAUGGCCAUCGGCGCCGUCGUCCCACCGCGCGGUAG